UUUGAAAAAUGUUGAUGAUCAGUGGAAUAUAACCGAACCAAGCAUUUUCCAAUCGACCUCUGCUAAAUCAAACGUACAUGAUGAAUUAGACAAAACUCAAAUGAUCUCAAACACUUCUAAUAACUGGAGCAAAUCUGUGACAGAAGAAAAUUUAUCAGGUGUCGAUAAUAUAGAUCCUUGUUACAAAUUUGCAACCAAAAAUUUAAUAGUACAUGAAUCGCUAAACACAACAACACUACCAGUUCAACAGGACAAACAGCAAGGUAUAGACAGUUCACAUAUAGGCUCUGAACAGAAACAGUGUACAGCAGCAGUAGCAAGUACAUUUAUUUGGAGUGUACCAGCGCAUGAAGUUAUAAGACCUGAUGAAAAACUUUCAGAUAUUUCAAAGAAUUUCGAGCAUAAAAUCCAAAAAUCAAACACUGAAAGCCCAGAUUCUAUACAGGAUUCUCAACUAUUUUCAUCACAAAUGCCUACAAUGUUAAAUGAUUCUGAACAGGAGAUUAAUUUGCCAGUUGCUGUAAAUUCAAUUAUAGGGAAUGAAUCUACAAAUAAAACGCAGGUCACUGGUGAACGUUUUGAUGCAUGGACUACAUUUGACCUUGAACCUAACAACCUAACUUCUGAAAGUGAAAAAUUAACGAUUGCAAAAGAUGCCCCUCCAACUGCACACAAGCAUGAUCUAGAGUUUAGUCCUGAAAAGGAGAAAAGGCAGCUAACCUUUGAAAAUACAAGUAUAUGGGAUGAACACUUCCAGAAAAAUAAUGUUGAAAUAUGGAAUAUUGGUCAACAUGAUUCCAACAGCUCACUGUUGAGUAAUUCUAAUCUAUUGAGUAAGCAAGUAAACAGCAUUAAUCAGUCAAGUCAAGAAGGGAAUGAAACAGAGCAAGCUAUUCCACGGCCACUAUUAAAAACUACCAUUCCAAUCACUGAAUAUGUACAGGAAGGACAGCAAGCUCCAAUUAUUCAGAAUCAGGCAGCAUUUGAAGUGGUAGAGUCUUUGAACCCAGGUGAAUGCAAACAAGCAUCUCCAAAUGCUUCAGUUAUAUGGGAUGAAUUCGAACAUUGCGGCAACUCACCUUUUGAAAGUCUAGAUGGAAGUGGUAAAUAUCUUGAGAAGACUAGUCCACAAAGUGCAGAAACUUUAGAUAAAAUUGAAAGUUCAGAUCUGAGAACUAGAUAUUCUACAACUGAAAAUUCAUACACAGAGGACAGAUGUAUCCAAGAGAGUAGCCACCUUUCAACAGAGAUACACUCUCCAUGGAAUGUUUUUGAAGAGGAUGUUAAUAAAUCUAUGUUCAUAAGUCAACAACUCCAGUUCAAUCAAGUACAGGAGGUUAGUCAGCCCACUGCAAGUCAACCCAACAUAGGCCAUCAUUCUGAAACUGAAGGCAGUUUACCAGAUUAUAAAAUUAAUGAAUUCUGCAGAUCUUCUGAAUUUGAAAUGGUAGAGACAGAUAACCAACAAACCUCUUCAGCUCCUCAGACAUGGAAUCAGGAAGGUUCUGAGCUGAAUGAAAAAUUUUCAAAUUCACAGAGCAAAUGUGAAGAAUUCUCUUAUUCUGACCUAGAAGAAAACUGGGAAACAUCUGGACAGCAAAGAGAACAGCCAGUGGUCAACAUUUCUGAUACACAUUGUAAAGAACAGGAUAAUCAGUUAUUAACCUCUGAAAUACCACAAGACUAUCCAGCAGGCACUGAUAUCAAUAGACAACCAAUGGAAGAAGACAAAUUGCAAGUUGUAAAGAAUUCUGAUCAUUAUAAUGAUUCUGAGUUUGAGUUUAUCCAGGCAACUACCAAUUUCCCUGUUUUGAAUAGAUUUGAACAAGAGCAAUCGAAUGCAUUUGAUUCUAACAAACCUGUAGAAUGUGAGUACAACCGUACUUACACUGAAAUUCCUGACACUUGGACAGAUUCAAAAUUUGAAUUUCCUGAGUUGCUUCCCACGUGUAAUGAUGCCUAUAGUGAAUUUGAACAGGAGUUAGUCAAACAAGAUGAAAAUAUUCCUGAUAUUGUCAAUGACUAUCAUCAAGAUGUAAAUCAGACUUCAGUAAAUCCUGAUUUAUGGGCUAAAUCUGAUCACUUGUUUUUUGAUUCAACUACUGUAAAUCCUGAUAUUCUGAAUGAUGACGAGUUAGAUUCCAGCCAAUCAACUUCAAACAGCCCUGAUAGAUGGAGUGAAUUGAUUGAGACAGAAAAGCAAGAACUGGGGAAUCCAGAUAUGUGGAUGGAGUCAGGAGGAAAACCUGCUGAACUCAAGACUGAACUUCCUGAUAUAAUGGAUGUAGCUGGACAGCAGUCAUGCCUGUCAAUGUCAGACAGUGUUGCUUCAUGUGUAUUAGCUGAACCAGCUGUUUAUGAUCAGUAUCAGUAUGUACAUAACGAAUUGGUGCAACAAACAAGCCAUUCACCCUUAGUUGCUGCGGAUGCGCAGUCCUGUAAAAUACAGUUAAACGACCAGCAGGAAACAAAAUAUGCUGAUGGUUGCACUGAAUCAAGAGAAGAGUUUGUUACAGCAAAACAAACGUUCAAUAAAAAUAAAGACCUGGCUGAAUUAACUCAAACUAUGUUUGAUUUUGUACAAGAAGAGAAGCAACGUAUUUUUGUUAGUCCUGAUGCUUGGAUUCAGUUAGAAGAAGAAGCUGCUGAAGCAACCAGAAAAGAUCCAGAUUCACAGGUUAAAUAUCAAGAGCGAUUACAUUAUUAUGAUUUAGCAAAUCAUAAAUUUACAGAGUACAGGGACACUGUAGCUCAUCAAGAAAAUUUGCAACAUCUUGAUACCUGGAAUCGAGUGGAAGAGAUUCCUGUUACUGUGGAUAGCGUAUUACUUUGUGAAAAUGACAUUUCAUGGGGCCAAACUAAACAGUUUGAACUCUCAGGUGCUGAAAACAAGAAAGCACAUGAUAUGCCAUCUGUAACUCUACAGGACAAAAACUUAAAUUCAGUCUUGCCAGCUAAAGAGCAAGAGGGCAGUGUUUUAGAAGAUAAACCUUCAAAUCUUUACCGAGACAACAAUGCAGCCAGGAAAACUGAUGAGAAAAGAGAAAAUGAAUGCCUUCUUUCUAAAUCCAGAUAUGCAGAUGACUAUUUUACUUCUGCUAUUUCUAGCUAUAGCCUAGAUAGAGAGAAACCUGAUCCAGGAAUGAUGGAAUACUUCUCUGUAUCAGAAGAAAAUAUUUUGAAUAUGGAACCACUGGAAGAUUUUUCUCAAGCAGUAACAGAAGCUAUUCAUUUGAAUGAUAGUAUUUCAUCUGUAAGUAACAGUGCUUCUAAUACCAUUAAGGAUGAGUUGGUUAUAGCACAGAAAGCAUCUAAAAUUGGUGAUGAGGGGUCUCAACCAGCUGGUCCUGAAUAUCAAAGUUGUAAUAGAGAAACUAACUCAGACAUAUCUGAAGAUUCAUUUGUUCAUGGUGCUUGUGAAUCUGUAAGGCAGCCUGAUUCACUAAAAACUUCAACCGACGUUAUCAGAGAGCGAAAUAUAUUUCCACCAGCAGCUGAUAUAGUAGCACAGCCUAACACUGAUAUGCUAAACCAAAGUAAUAUUGAAACAGAGCAAGAGGUACAUAAUGUUGUAGAAAGUGCAUGGCUUUCAUUUGGAAAUACAGAUAUUAGCAGUAACAGCAACGAGACAUCUUCUAGUUUAUCAUCUAGUAUCCAUAAAUCAGACUUUUGGGAAGAUCUUAGUCCCCAGGAUUGUAGUAUAGUUGCUGACGAAUUUUCACAUGUUUCUGUUUUAGAGAGUACUGUUGCAACAGAGAAGCAUAAGGAGAUGAUAGGAUGUGAAGUAAGAGUGGAAACUGCGGAACAAUUGUCAGAACUCCACGGCAAAAGCGGAGUUCCCCUUUUGGAACAAAGAUUUGAUAACCAGUGCAGUUCCUCGGUUUCUUCGCUUAACACUCCAGUUUCCUCAAUUGAGAUUGGUAACAGUUCGCCAGAAGUUGACAAAGUUGGUAAAUGCCAAACCAGGGUGAACUCAAGUGAACUUGAUACUAAUGACAUCAGAAUAACGUCUGAUAAAGACCUUGACACAGGAGAAAUGGAUUAUAUAAUUGUAGCUGGAAAUAAAAGACCUUGGGAAGAAGUGUCAAGUAGCCAGCAAACUAAAAAUCUAGCCGUAGAUUUGAAUGCAGAUAUUAUAAAAACGGAUUUUGAAGAUAAUUUUUCAACAUUUCCUUCAGCUACUAUUCAACCAAGAAUUAGUGGAAAUGAAAUGAGUGACUUGGAGAAAUUUUCUGAUAGCUUAUCUUCAACAUGCAAUGCCACUGCUGCCCAACUUCUAGGCAAUAAAGACCAAGAUCAAGGUGGGGCACAUUUGGAUGAGAAGCCAGCUAAAGAUCAGAAUAAAAAAUUAGUGGAUGUAAAUGAACUGUUGGACACCUCACCUGAGGAAUAUCCUACUGGAAGAGAAAUGAGAGAAUCUGGUUCAGAACAUUCAAUUAAAGAGCUAAAGACAAUGAACCUUGUUUCUAAUGAAACCCAUGUGGAUAACACUAAAGAAUCUGAGAUUGACUAUGACACCAUGCAUCACAUAUCUCCAGAAAUGAAUGUUACAAUGUAUACAAAAAGAACUGUAUCUACAGACGAGCUAAGCAACAGUGAAACUGAGAGCACUGCAUCCCAGUUCUCUGUGAGGGAGGCCAACGUUUCACAUGAAGAUUUAAGUGAAAGCGAAAAUGUGUCAGAACAGAUUUAUCCCAACCCAUCUGCAACUGAAUGUUGUACUUCAGUGGGAAAAGAGAUAAGGAGGGAAGAGAUUAUUUUAAUUGAACAGGGAGAUUUGACUAAAGUGAGUUCCUUGAGCUCUGUACAAGAGUAUGCACUUCAGACCUCUGCAGCAAUGGCACAAGAUUCUCUUCAGGAACACCUGACUGAAGUAAAGGAAAACCGGCUGUAUGAAGAAUAUACAAGAUCAGUGCCAGAGGAUGUGGGAAUGGACAUUCCCUUUGAUGAGGGUGUGCUAAGUCCCUUAGCUGAAGACAGCAGACCUGCACCACCUAAUUCCCUUGACCUCAAUGGAAUCCACCAAGGGAAGAAAAAGCUUACAGCUCCUGAUAUCAGCCUUUCACUCGACCAGAGUGAAGGGUCAGUCCUGUCUGAUGAUAAUCUUGAUACCCCGGACGAUCUUGACAUCAAUGUCGAUGACCUUGAAACCCCUGAUGAGGCGGAUUCUCUUGAAUACUCAGGGCAUGGUAACGAACUGGAGUGGGAAGAUGAAACACCCAGUGCCACUCAUAUUGGAAAAGAAGUGGUAGAACCUAUACCAGAAUAUACUGCUGAAGAAGAACGCACAGAUAAUCGGUUAUGGAGAACUGUUGUCAUUGGGGAACAAGAACAUAGGAUUGACAUGAAGGCUAUUGAACCUUACCGAAGAGUUGUCUCUCAUGGGGGCUACUACAGUGACGGACUCAAUGCCAUCAUUGUGUUUGCAGCAUGUUUCCUGCCAGAGAGCAGUCGACCCGACUAUAAUUAUAUUAUGGAAAAUCUCUUUUUGUAUGUGAUCAGUACCUUAGAACUCUUGGUAGCUGAGGACUACAUGAUCAUUUAUCUAAAUGGAGCUACUCCACGGCGAAAAAUGCCAGGUUUUAGCUGGAUGAAAAGGUGUUAUCAAAUGAUUGACAGAAGGUUGAGGAAGAAUCUGAAAUCAUUUAUAAUUGUGCAUCCAUCAUGGUUCAUCAGGACGAUCCUUGCAGUCACUCGGCCAUUCAUUAGUUCAAAAUUCAGCAGUAAGGUGAGAUAUGUCAGUAGCCUGGCUGAGCUAGAGGAACUCAUCCCCAUGCAGCAUGUUCAGAUUCCAGAGACUAUCAAAAAGUAUGAAGAAGAAAAGUGUAUAAAAAGAAGGAUGAGGUUGGAUGAAGAAUUAAGAGAAGCAUCAGAAGCGGCAAAAGCUAGCAGACUGUCAAGUGAAUCCAAAACACCUUCAGGGGAACAGCAAGUUGAAACAGCACUCGAUAAACCUAUGGAAUACCAGUGAACAUGGACUUCCAGCUACCACUUACAGUUUUAGUUUCUGACUAGCAACUGAACCAGUUAUCUUCCUUCAUUAAUUCUUGACUUAACUGUUUAUGUGUUGGUUGUUCAUGUUUAUUUUAUGAAGUGUUAUUCUGUGAGUCAUGCAUUGGGACAGUUGUGCCUGUGAAUAGAAUGUCAAAUGAUAUUGUAAUAAGUGGCAAUAAUUUACAUAUAGUUCAAGACUGUAAUUUCAAAAUAAUUAUCAAUCAGAAGCACUGCAUUAGCAUUGCCAUAUUUAGAGGAAAUUUCCAAGUGUCAAAUUGCCUCUUUUCUUCCUGCCUUUUUCCAGUGAGCAGUAAAAUGAUCACCACUUUUUGACAUUUUUGCAUCCAAUCAUGAUGAGAGAAAGCAUAUGGUGUGAGAUGUAUUUGGAAUAUCUUUUCCUGCUUUGCAAAGGAACGCAAGAGAAAAAUAAGUUCUUUAUUUCAAAUUUCAAAAUGCUUUUAUUAAAUUCUUGAAAGGCAACUUUAGUUUGAGCUAUUCUGACAUAGCUAAACCAUGUAAUGGCCAUUUUGAAUGGCCAGUUUUACAUUUCACAAGUGGAGAUGAUUUAUUUUCAACUGAUUCUGUUCUGGAAAGAAGGAAACUUACCCUCGAGAAGCAUUUUAAAAACUUAUUAAAAAAUUCUUUCAGUGCUGCUGUCUGUUUCAUCUAACAGGUUGGAGUCUCUUGUUUUAUCCAUACCAUUUCCUGAUCACUUGAAGGAGGUUCAUAUCUGGCCAUUAGUCCUCCAUAUUUGUGCAUUCAGAGCUGAUGAACUGGUAUUUUAAUCAGACAUAGCAUUAUUAAGAAAACUGUCAUACUGAAUUCCCUCAAAGCAGUAGUUCCAAGCAAAUUAUAUUCUUUCUGUACUAGCCAUUUUUCAAUUAGAUCAUACACUCUAACACUCGUAAUCCCUUCCUAAUGUUGUGUAGUUACCAAAAUAUAUUUAUUACUGUAUUGUGACUAAAUGCACACUUUUAAAUAAUUGAAAAGAGAAACAACUUUGUAAUGUUAGAAACCUUCCUUCCUGACCUUUUUUCAUCCUUUGUUUUUCUGUUUGAAAGCAUUCCUAAAAGGAAAAAAAAGCUUUCUAUUUUAAGUUCCCUUCCAAGAGACACAACAUUGGACAUGCAUUUCUCUUCUUUUAACAUCACUAGCUGAAAAUCCUGGGGUACCUUAUUUAAUAGCACCAUGCUGUGGGCAUCUUUUUCCACACAAACUGCAGUAGUUCAAGAAGAGGGUGUGCCAUGUUGCCAAAGGUGUAUGAGAAUGCACAAGAAUGCAUCAGCCCUGCUCAUGAUCCUGACAUCCUGAGAAUAGCUUAAAAAUAAAGUGACAAACUUGUCCGAUUUAUUCAUCUUUACCUUCAUGUGAAUUUGUAUCUUUGGUAUGUACUAAAUUCAGAGCAAAUCAUUCGUUAAUACUUUUGUAGAUUUAGUUUGUCAGAAUAUAUUGUCUUGUAAAAGUUUCAAUUCAAAAACCUCAAUUAAUGACAUCUAUCGGUCAGUUGUUAGAGUCCGCAGUACAAUUUUAAUUCCCUUUCUACAUAAUACACAACCAAGUUUGAUAAAUUACUGGCAAAGGGAUUUAUUCAAAAAUUGUUUCUUAAAAUUUGAUUCAUUUCAAUUUUAUUCUAUUUUUGCUUUAUUUUUAAUACAGUUUAAGGAUUUUGCAAAAUAUGCACAUUUUAGUUGUAUAACUCGCUUAAUUCAAGUCAUUUUAUUUUGAUUUUUACACUUUUCAUUAAUGUGUUACCUCUGCAAUAUAGAAUAGAGAUUUCCUUUAACAACAAAGUCAACCACGUAAAUAAUUGCCAAGAAAAUCAGUGACUUCUAAAGUUAUAUUUUUGAAAAUGUUUUAUUUCCUAAAUCCUUACUUUAAUAAUGAGAAAAGCUUCAAUGCAAUAAUCUGUAACUUUAAAUGGUAAUUUUAGUGAGCUUCGGUUGUAUAAUUUUUAAAGAAAAGAAUUACAUGAUGUAUUAUCUAUUUCUAACUUUAAUGAGUCCUUUGGCCUUGAGUGUUCUUUAACUUUCAAAAAGAUUGACUGAUAACCAGGGUGAAUGAGCCAUAGUCAAUGUAAUAUGUCAAUUAUGAAAAUUGUUGCAUUCAAAUUCUUAAUGACUAUAUUAUAUAUAUAUAAUUUCUAAAAUUUCUGUAGUUCUGUUCUGCACUGAUCAAGAUUUCUACAAACCUACUUUAAAGAACAGCAAGUAGAAUGCAUUCUGUCUUGACAAGGCUUUAGGUCCCAUCUAGACUACAGUUUAUUGUUUUCAUGGGGGAAAUCACUGGCUAAUUCCGUGACCAAACUUAAUGUUUGAGUGCGUUGCCCCUUCUAUCAAUUGUUGUGGCUCCUCCUCCUGUCUCCCCCUUCCUCGCAGCUUAUCUGCACAAAUCCUCCAGCAGUCAUUACUCAAUAGUUUAUUUGUGUCAUUCAGCAGAUUUAAGGGGGAGCUUCCAAAACAUUUUUCCCUCAGUUACCAAUCUGCUUACUUGGUGGCAACUGCAUUCCAAUAAAUAAAUAUUGAUGAUUUACAAAACUUGCAACUGAUAUGUAUUGAAAUUGCGUGCAUUCUGAAAAUUGUAAAGAGCUGUUUUCACUCGUAAAUUCUGGAUACUGUCACAUUUUGCCUUCCUAAAUUCAUGGUCAGUAGAUUAUUGUAAGUAAAAACAGUAUAAUUUUUUAUUGUAUCAUGUUAAUGAUAUUCUCUCAUCUAAGCAUUGUUAGAAAAUGCAAAGCAAUUAACACAUGCCAGUCAGAAAUUGCCCAUUACAUUUUCAGUUGUGUUUUUUUCCCUAUUAAAGGAUAGUUUAUGUAAAUGAUUUACAGCAUAGCUAAAUGAGCAUCAAAUGGAUGAACUCACUUUUUUUAAUAGGAUUUUAAAAAAUAAACUACCUAAAGUGACUGCCAAAAAGAUGAAGGUGAUUGUAAAAGGGCAUGUUUUUCCCCUAUGUGACAGGCAACAUAACUUUCUGUGCCACAUUGGCUGCACGGAAUUUCAAAUGGUUAAAUUUCAGAUCACGGUCAAAUUGAGCAAUGCUAUUUCAAUGUGGAUUUGAACAUAGAUACUUUUGAAUCUAUGUAAAAUGCUAUAUAUGUAUAUAGAUAUAUAUAUUAUAUUAGGGAAUUUAAGAUGUCAAACAGUUAAAGAACAUGUGCAUGCUAGGGCAGAAGCUACAGCAUCACUAAAGGAGGAAUCAGUACCUUGUAGUAGCUAUAUCUGCUGCUCUGUUUGCCUUUAUGUAAAACAAUGCCCUUUCCUAUUGUAUCCCUUCAGCAUUAUUACUUUGACAAAUCGGUGGCCAUUCUUUACGUAAGAAUGUGGUGUGAAACUUUACAUAUUCCUAAAAUGUUAAUUUGCACUAUUAAAUGCUGUGAUAUCCUU